AUGCUGUCAUCAACUACGGUUUUCCUGAUGAACAUGACCAUCAUGGUCUCGUCUAUCACGGUUCUGUGCAUAUCAGCUUCAAUUUUCGAUUUUAUUGUUAUGAAUAGGAUGUAUUACACUGUCCCUGAUCAGAAUAUUUUAUUGGAGCCUGAGCAAUCAUACUGGUUCUAUGGUGUCGCUGUAUUCAGUCUCACGUUAUCCAUUCUCUGCUACUUCUAUGAAUCAACACCAAAAUGGUUUAGGGAGAGAACAAUUCAGUAUCCUGAGAUUUCUUCUUUAAUGCAUUCAAUCCUACUAUCUAUCUCAUGUAUAGGAUCUGCCUAUUGUGCAUUCAUUUCCGCACAAACAUCUAAUGAUCUUUCCAAGUUUGCAUAUAACUCAACUCCACGACAGUUUCAGUUGGCUUCCUAUUGGUACUUCAUCAGAUUUCGCGUUUGCUCCCUGCUUUUCGGGUUGAACUGUGUACUUUCAUUGUCUGUCCUAUGCAUUCUAUAUUUGGGAAUCCAGUGCCGAUACCGCUCGUUUGCCCAAUUACCUCAAACAUCGAAAAAAGAAGUCAUAAUGAGAACAACAUUAUUCGCAUAA